UUAGGAAAGAAGAAGCACAUUUCUGCAUUAGUUUUGCGAUCAAUAGCUACAAAUUCAAAGAGAAAAGUUAAUUACAUUGAAUAACAAUAAUUUGGAUUUUCAUUACAAAAAUCUGAAAAUGAGGCUUUACCUGAUUGCAACAAUUCUGCUCAUAACAAUAUGUGCAUUCUCUGAAGUGUCGACAAAACAAAUUGAUCAAAAAUUAAAAGAUCGCCCUGCUGAUUCUUUGGAUAACAAACGCCGGUUGAAAAGACAGGAAGAAACGGCAAAAGCUGAUCCAAAUAUAGCUCAUGAAAAAGAUGUGACGCAAACUGAACAUAAAGAAGCAGAAGGAAAAGUUGAAGAUAACAAGGAAAAUGACCCUCAAAAAGAUGUGAAAAAAGAACAGAAGAAAAAAGAAAAUAAAUCAAAUGAUUCUUCUAAUUCGGAAUCCAGCGAAUCUGGUGAAAAAAAAGCGAAAGUUCGAAGAAGUAUUGUACAAAAUGAUGUUUCAGACAGUAAAAGUGAUGAAUCGAAAGCAAACAAAAAACGUGCACCUAGAUUGAACAAAAUCAGAAGAAGUUUAGAUAUCAAUGAGCCCGAUUCGAGUAGCAAAGAUUUAUAGUAUUUCACUUACUAAACUUAAACUUAAACUAUUCAACUUAUAGAACUUAUGAAAAAGUAAAAUCGAAUGUA